AUGGUCUUUUGAGCACGGUAAUUGGCGUGUUGUAGGCGUCCGCGGGAGGGGGAAAUUUUCAGGGCCGCUAAACAUCAGGCGCCAGCCCCUUUAGAACGCCACAACCGGCAAAGAGCUAGAUUCAUGAUAGCUUGUACAACUUCGCGAAAGUCUUAUAUUUAAGAAGCCGCAUUAGCAAGUCAAUGGUAAGCAUCGCUCUUCGUCGCUCAUUCUGCCAACCAAGUCGCUCGUUUUGAUCUGUGCGCUGCAUCAGUAACUACUCUCGUUAAAACUUACAUACUACCAACAUAUCAUCAUGGCUUCAAGAUAUAUUUUUGCCUCCCUCAUCAGUCUAGUUGCUGCUCAAAAGGCUUCAACAACCAUCUCAGUCCCAUGGAUUGGUAUCGGCUCCACUGACGCCCCGUCCGUCUUUACCGACUUCUACGCCUCCGUCAUUACGGCGAAUCCCACCGCCACUACUCUUUCACUCGCCUGCGCUCCUGAAUCUCUCGAUUGUGGUCUCUUCCCUGCUCAAACUCUCGUUGUCGGACCUUCGACUUACAACAUCAAUAUGGGAGAUCCAAGCCCAGACUCGGACUUCACCGCUACGAUGGACUGCGUGGUUGCUGAGAGCGCGGUUUGCAAGGAAAGUGCUAGUGGUACCGAAGCCAACUUCCCCGGCACCAGCACGACGACAUAUGACGCCGAUAUGGUUAGCACGUUUGGCUUAGUGGUCACAGCUGGUGCGGACAAGCUUAACGCUCAAGCGGAGACCACUACCACAGAGGCUGCAGAGUCCUCUGCUACGAUGAAGAGCUCACACAGCAUGUCUGGCUCCAAGCUGGAAUCUGUUGCAAGCACUGGUGUUGCAGUUGGUUCUGGAAGUGUCAGCCCAACUGGCUCAGGUUCCGUGGUUGAGUCUACGGGCGCUGCGGAUGCUAAUGCUGUUGUCGGUGGUGGCCUUCUUACUGUUGUUGCUGGCGUGAUUGGAGGACUCUUGUUGUAAAAUCUUAUGAAUGAGGGAUAACAUCAGAAGAGGUCAAAAGCGACUGUUUCCAACGAUUUUCAAUUUGAUAUAAGAUCCAUGAAUGUUGUCAUACAGUUUCCACCGGGCAAUCCCAUGUUACCUCAAGAAAGUGGAAGGCCUCCAAACAUUCGAUCCAGCAUGCGUUGCA